AGUGAAAGGAACUCCUGGAUUAAAAGAAAAAGUUAAUAAACAAAUGGAUAUAUGUGAACUAUAUUAUAAUUUGUGAAUUUUGUAUUUAAGCAUUUAAUAAAAAGUGAAUUAUAGAUAAACGGAAUUUAUAUAGGUUAUUCAAACAUAACAUAGAACAAAUUGUGCGACAAAAACGGAAAUAUAUAAAACGAACAACUGAAUAAUAGUUUCGCAAUAAUAUUGCUUAAACUUGCAAACAAUAAAUCAAAUUUGUCAGCAAAUAGAAACUUGAUGGGGAAAGCAACGUUUACUAACACUGGCGCGAAAAGAACCACUUUUGGAUUUAUUCGAGUUCGAGCGCAAACCACCCGAACCUGAGCAUACGAACCAAGGAAACCAAACCAUAGCCGCAACAGGUCCUUCCUCCGAGCCCCUGCGCGAUCCCGCAGCCACCCUGUCGAUCAGACCCGAGGACAGCCCUGUGCCCACAACGACAUCAAACAGGGUCCUCAUCAGCACAUGCGCAGACGAAUCAAUGUUGUUACUACAGCAACAGCCCACAUAUUCCGGCGGUACCACAGUGUCGUGCGACGUCUACCCCCCGAACCCUCUUAGUCCGCCAUCCAUCACCGCAACGAUUGCAGGCGCCGACGUCGGCGGCAUCUUCACUGGAAGUAGCUUCAGCAUGGCACUACAGGACCUGCAGGUGGGAGGCUCUUUUGCCGACGAGGACGCAUUCCGUUCAUUCGCCGCCGACUUCUCCGCGCAGGACGUCUGCACCGGAAGUGGUUCCGUCUUCCAGGGCGGACACGGCUUUACGGAGCCUCUCAACUACGAAGGCACGUUCAUGGUGGAGAAGGACGUCGGCAAAAUCGCCGGCUUUUUCUCUGAUUCGUCGGCGUACCUGCCGACGACGUCUCAGUCUUCGAGUUCUCAAAAAUACAUGGACACGUCGUCGUAUGACCUGGGGUUCCGCAGCUUCACUUCCGGCAGCGACACCGCCUACUAUUCCAGUCAGCCCUUCAUUGAGCCUCAGCUACAUCCCCAUCAUCAUCAUCACCACCACCACCAACAGCAGCAACAGCAGCAACAACAACAGCAGCAGCAACAACAGUCCGACAAACUUUUUCAUCACAGGGAAGGAAUGCCAUCACCUCCAUACACACAGACUUCAGACGAUGUCCCCUCGACCGUCUACUCCCCACUCCCACACUCCAUUCACCACAUUCAGACCUAUGGCGACCCGAGCAUCGACAGCAAACUCGGCAUCUAUCUCCCAUCCCACCACAUCCCUCAGACGCACACCAUCACCCGACCAUCGAUGUCCAUGGACGACCAGCCGCCGAUGAUGAGGCGCGGCGCGGACGGUCGGCAGCAAGGGGGACGCUACUCAGGCUACGCUUCUUACAGUCAGGGAUACUUCGGCCCGCCGGGAUCUGAGAGGCAGGGUCUUCAGAGUAUGGACACGAGCUAUUCGGCGCUUAUUGGGCGGCCCGGUCACAUGUUCCAGCCCGAAAUGCCUGGCGUGCACCACCCGCGAGCGUUCGGGCGGCGGCCGUCUCUCACCAUCCCUAUGCCGUCACACACACAAGAAGGCAUGGAGCAGCUCCACAAGUACACAAUUCACUCGCCCAAGACCCCAACCACGCCAAGUUCCACUCGCUCUUCCCCUGGGAGGGAGGGGCUACAGAAGGAGAGUCUGCUGUGCGCCGUCUGCGGAGAUAACGCCGCCUGUCAACACUACGGCGUGAGGACGUGCGAGGGAUGCAAGGGAUUCUUUAAGAGAACGGUUCAGAAGGGAGCUAAAUAUGUUUGCCUAGCGGAGAAGAAUUGUCCGGUAGAUAAACGCAGACGAAAUAGAUGCCAGUUUUGCCGAUUUCAAAAGUGUUUGGCUGUAGGAAUGGUUAAAGAAGUCGUCCGAACGGACAGUCUCAAGGGACGCCGUGGCCGCCUUCCCUCCAAGCCUAAGAGCCCCCAGGAGGCGCCUCCAUCGCCGCCUGUAAGCCUCAUCACCGCCCUGGUGCGCGCGCACGUGGACACGUGUCCGGAUAUCCCCUCACAUGACUACAGCAAGUUUAAAGUGCCUACCGCGGAGGAUAGCCCCACGAAUGAAUCCGAAAGGAUCCGAGUAUUCUACGAUCUCUUACUGCAAUCGAUCGACGUUCUCAAGACCUGGGCCGACAAGAUUCCGGGUUUCUCCGAGCUUUGCCGAGAAGAUCAGGACCUUUUAUUCCACACAGCCACCAUGGAAUUGUUUAUUCUCCGAUUGGCGUACAGGAUUCAUUGCAACGACGACAACAUCGUGUUUGACAACGGUGUAGUAUUACACAGACAGCAAUGCUACGAAAUGUUUGGCGACUGGAUCGAUUCAAUCGUGGAGUUUGGAGUUUCCCUGCAUCGAAUGAACAUCGACAUCUCAUCUCUUGCCUGCAUGGCGGCACUCGCUAUGAUCACUCUACGUCACGGGCUCAGAGACGUGAAGAAAAUGGAAGAGCUCCAAAUGAAAGUCAUCGAGAGCCUACGCGACCACUGCACGUACAACUCGGAAGCGCAAAAGAAAGCAAACUUCUUUUCUCUAAUACUCGGGAAAAUCGCUGACCUUAGGGUGUUGAGUCGUCAGGGAUUGGCUCGUCUGACGUUCUUCAAACUGGAAGGACUCUUCCCCACGCCUCCCGUCAUAGAGAACAUAUUCCAUUCCAGUCAGCUUCCUUUUUGACCCGCCUUUCCGGCGAAUCCCAUCACAGAUUGUAUCAGGAUUAUAUAUAUAUAUAUAUAUAUAUUCUCAUCGUGCCGUAUCGUUGCCAGGUUCUACAAAGUUCUCGUCUCGCAUUCCCUACAUACAUUUGUGUACAUUCCCCAUCCCCAUCAAGUGUUGUGACGUCAUUUCCUCAAGAAGACUUCUGAACAUAUCCAUCGUUUUAUUUACAUUCGGUCGGUGUUACCCAGCGACGUCUAAAUGAUGAUUUGCAGGUUCUAUUUUAACAUUUUAUUUUAUUUGGUUACGUCAUCGUGUGUUCUCGCGUUCACUGGUUACGUCAUCGUGUGUUCUAGGGGAGAAAAAAUAACCAAGCGUGGUGAAGCAGAUAAAUGUUGACAUGAUUUUUUUAUUGUGCGAUUUGAAAUCAGAAAUGGACACGUCGUUUCAUCUAUUAACUCAAAGACAAGUGCUCGCUUUGUUUUGUUUCAAACUGUUUUGGUGUGAUUUUUUAAUGUAUAGGUCCGACGUGACGAAAGUAGUACUUUAACUUGUGCGCAUGUUCACUUUAUUCCGCCUCUAGUCAGACUGUAUACCCGGUGCGAAGUGACGCUUUUGGUUGUCUUUUUCAUUUUCCGUUUUUGUUGACGGUAUUUUAAUGACGCUAACAAGCGUCGUGUUUUUGUUUUCGUUUUUAUAGACAGUAUUGUUGUUAUUUAUUUUCUAGUCAAAAGCGUCGAGUGCUAUCGCAGAGUAAGUUGUCGUAAAAUUGAGAUUUUUCCUAUGUAUUCAUAUAUGUAAAAUAUAUUAUGGUAUUUAUUAUUUUAUUGCUGAGCUUUCUUUAUAUUUUGUGCUACGUGCAUUGACAAUUUGUUUUCAUGUAGCUUCUAAACGCUUCAAAUUUGCGCCCUAUCUUUCAUCACUUAACUUACUGCGCCCUUCCUUUAAUCACUUAACUUAAUGCGACCUUCCUUUAAUCACUUAACUUAAUGCGCCCUUUAAUCCUUUAAUCACUUUUAAUCAAUACUUAGCGACUAGACUGUCGUAUGUUUUUAAAGUGUUUUACAAGCAGACAAGUGUUAUGUACCGUAACGCGUCAUAAUUAUACGAUACAUAUUAUUCUCGAUGAAGUUAAUACAUAAAACAAACAGACAUAGCUAUGGGACUUUGGGUUUACCUUCCUGUUAUUAAUCAGAUUUAUUUUCAUAAUUCGCAAAUGAUAAAUAUGUCGAAAACAAAUAAAAGUGUAAUUUAUGGGCAUCUGAUGUUCAGCGUUCCAUAAUAAAUCAGAUUUAUAUUAAUUUAACAUUCCUAGAGUGUUGAUAUUAUUAUAUAUUAUAUAUCACGUAAACAUAUGUUUACUUGUUCCGCAUUGUGCUAUUUAAAAUCUGUUAUAUCUGGCUUUAUUGUGUCCUAAUAAUUUAUUUGCAAAAAUCAUCGUCUCAUGUUUUAUUUAUUUUUGUUAGUCAUGUUUUUAUUACUAAAAAUAGUGCUUCUUUUUGAUAUUGUGCACGUGAUUUACUCAGAAAUCGAAUAUUAUCAUAAUACAUUUUGUCAUUUGUUUCAUUACCUUUCAUCUGAUAUUAUAGUGAUUUUUUGCUGAAAAUUUAUUUUUUAGACAUAUUUUUUAAUUUUACCAUUUUCAUUUGAUAGAACACAACGAAAAUAUUGAGACUAAAGAAAGGCAUUUUUUAAGGUCAUGUUGAUAAAUGAAUAUUACAGUUAUUUAAAUAAUCAAAUAAAUAUACUGCAUUAAAUCUUUGAAAAAACGGUUUAAACUAAAAUAUAGCAACUUAAUUCGAGAAAUAUGAUUCCGCUGUUAUCUUUUGAGCUGGUUACAUGUUCCCGUAUUAAUCACAGCCAUUUAAUUUGUGAUUUAAAUUUCAAAGUUUAUAAACUGCGUCGAAGAGUUCAAGAAAUACUUCGUUUCAAAAGUUGCUACUUUUCUAUAAGCAUAUUCCACUUUUGGCAACGUUUCAUAGAACAUUCGUUGUCAGUUUUUAUCUGUCUAUUUUUCGAUUUCAUUCAAGCUAAAUGUAUUUUGUAGCAUUACUAACUGAGACAACAUUUAAACGAGAUUUAAAUUUUCGCUUCCAGUGGAGUUUUUUUUUAAACUGCGAAUGUAAUAUUAUAUACUUAUUAUUCAUUAAUAUAACGGAUUUGGUUAAACUUGUUGCUUUAAAUACACAUACAUUUAUAUGUUUUCGGACUCUUCAAAACACUAUAAUAUCACUCACAUUUUUCCCUCCAUGUUUAUUGCAUACAACUGACGACGCGUAUAUUUAGCCUAAGUCGUUCGCUUUAUUUUAUAACCAAGGAUUUAUAGGGACCGGCGGCAAACACUGUGCUUGGUUGACAUUGUAGAUUGAACACGGACACUUUGCGUCUUACUAAAUUAUUUGAAAAUAACAAUAUAUUAUACAUAAUUAAUAAAUAAUGUACAUGCUUAAUAUACAAUAAUUUUAUACAAGGCUAGAUAAACUUAAAAAAGGCUUUCUCUUUACUUCGAAGUUAUUACAUUUAUCGAGAGCCUUUCUGGAUUGACGUCCACACAAAAAUCUCGAGAUACUGUCGGUGAAGUCGCUGCAAGUCCCACCAAGCAUGAAUGUAGUUGUCGCUGUCACUUAUGUAGCCAAAGAAGCACUAAAACCGAAAAUACGUGUAAGUCGCACUGUGGAAAUACCCGGUAUAAUGCAUGUGAUUUUGGUCAAGCGUCGUCCCAGAUUAGCCAGUGCAGUCCGCACUGUCUUAUUAGGGAUGACACUUUCCGCUGUUAUGUAAUGUUUCGUUCUAAUAAAAUCUCUUCUUCGCGAAAAUCCCGUCUAGGCAGAACGUGUCGUCGGACGACAUUUUACGCACAUGCAUUAAGCCCGGUUUUCCCAGAGCGAGGCUCAAAUGUUUACGGAUUUCAUCUUGAGUCAGCCAUUUUUGUUAUCUUUAUGCACUCUUGGACAUUUUAAGCGGUGAUAUUUUCUCAUUUCUUCGUUUUGAAAAUCUUCUGGUAAACGAUAAUUAGUUCUUGCAGUCAUGUACAAAUAUUUAUUGCAAUAAUUAAUUUUAAUGUUUACACCGGAUGUAUUUUUAAUAUAUUUGAUAUGCGAACAUCUUGUAGCGUUGAUAGAUGUGGAUAUGAUUAUUUUAAAUUUAAAAUUAGAAUUAUUUUAAUUAAUUUAAUGCUUACAUCAAUUUACGAUGAUUGCAAUGAUAUGUUCAUCAUUUUAAGUAUAAAUGGUGAAUUACAUCCGUACCUUAAUCAUUUCAGUUUCUUGAUAAAUUGCAUUCAGUUACGUGUCAAUCAAAUGUGUAAAAUUUUGUAAGACAUUGUCAUUUUUGUUGAAGGGGAGAUUACAUAUUCAUCGACAUAACGCUGUCACAGAAUUGAUAUUUAUUUUUAUCAGACCAUUGUUGUUUUUUUUCACAAUUUAUUAUUUUGUCCUAACCAUGUGCAUAGUGUAAAGUUCAAACGUUGAAUAAAAAUAGACUUAUA